GUUACCGCAAAUCAAAGUUUACCGCGAAUGUUAUGAAAGAAAUUAUGAGUGUGUGUUGUUAUUAUGUGUUUAGUGUUACGUCUUAGUGGAAUUUACUGAUCACUAGUGAAAGCCACGCAAAGGAGAGUUAGUAGUGCUGUGUUUUUUUAAAUGAGAGAAGAAACAGUUUCUGAUAGUUUUCUGUCUACCAGUUUACCAUCACCCGAUACUGUCAUUGUAAAGGAGAAGCACCAUGAUUGCUGUUAGGGAUGGUUAUAAGUUCAUCGGCACUCCACAUGGGAUAUUAUUGAGGCGUCUACGCGGACCAUUAGAAGAUUUUAAAGCAGCGAAGCAUGUCUACAGCCAGUUGUGCCCCUGGAACAACGUGCGAAGUUUUGUGGACCAUUUGCUGAAAAAUAUCUGUUAUAAUAGAGAUGGACUGGUAAUUCUUAACAAGCCUUAUGGCAUAAGUGUGAAACCACCAACUAAGAAAAAUUUUUUAUCAGAAUCAUAUCUGUUGAACACAGCAGUUGUGGGAGACUGCCAGGAAACUCUUUUAGAUGCCUUACCAUACAUCGCUGAAGAAUUGGGGUAUCGCUCCCUCAGUCCAGUAAAGACCCCUGGAAGGUAUGCUAGUGGAAUCACCAUUUUAUCAGCAGAUGAGAGUGUUGCUAAAAAUGUAAGGAAGUCAAUGAAUUAUGGCAAAGUACAGGACAAAGUGAUCUACAACUAUUGGUUGGUUGUAGUAGGGCAGCCCCAACCUGAUUCCGGCUCUGAGAACAUUGGUAUCACAUUGAAAAAAGGACCUGGACAAAAGGAAUCGCAGGUGAUUCUUGAGACAAAAUGGUCAAAGAAGUCCGUGAAACGUCAGGAAAUUUUUCCUACAUUUGUAGAGUACUCCACAUUGGAAAAGGGAUCUCUUUGUAGCCUGGUAGAAUUCAAAACAUCACGCACAAAAUGGCAUUUUAUUAGGAUUUACUCAGCAUAUUUGUUGAGUCCAGUGUUAGGAGACCACCUUUAUGGCGGAAGAGUGCAGCAUGUUCUUGGUAUACCUGUAGCUAUAAGUCCCUACAGUGAUCACGCAAAGUUGCCUCAGAGGUUAAGUAAACAGUUAGUUGCUGCCCUGGAGCUAAAACCUGGUGAAGAUCUGAUUAUACCAGCACACAUUCACUUUAAAAGCUUGAUUUUAAGAAGUUAUGAAGGCAAAAACAAUGAUCUGAUAAUUGAUGCCCCUCCUCCAGACUAUUUUUUGUGGUCUUGUAAAAAAUUAAUGCUAGAGAGAGCAUGUACAAGCAAAAUAAAUUUUACAAUAUAACAUCUUGCAAAAAUU